AAAAACUCCAUCUCAUUCUCUCUCUAAAAACUCGUAAACACAACACAAUACAAUACAUCUCCUCCUCUUUCUUUCUCUUAUUUCUCUCUCCUCCUACACAAAGAAGAGGACGACUUUGGCUCCCUUAUUCUUCCUCGACCCACCCCUUCAAACAAACUUUGCUACUUACCAAAGCUUAGAACUCUCUUAAAUUUUUCAUGAUGGACUCAAGUCAACUGGUUGAAGAGGAUAAAAGUUCACCCGAAACAUCUUCCGAUUCCUCUCUUUCCCCAGAUUCUCCUGACACUGAUGACAUAUUUGGAGAACCAUUGGUGCAUCCACGAGUUGGUAAUGAGUACCAAGUGGAAAUCCCAUCGAUGAAAAAUGAGUUUGAACUUGUCCAAUUGAUGACGAAUCCACUUGAUUCAGAAGGGGCGGUUAUUGACUCCUCUCGCUCUUUUCUAACGGGUCUCCCUUUACAAGUGAUGUGGAUUACAAAUCAGGAAAAUCAUGUCAAAAAGAGAGUAGAAUCACCUAAUAAUCCCAAUGCAGUUUACACAAAUGGGGUUGUGGGGUCUGAAAAUAUCGUCAAAGUAAGUCAGAUUUGUUCACUUAACGACGAGCCAAAUGUUAAAGUUGAUACUUCUAUACAAACAUACUCCCUCGUCCCUGGUCAACCAAGCGAUUCCUGGAGUGAUUUUGAAGCUGAUUGCUUCCUACUUGGAUUAUAUAUCUUCGGUAAGAAUCUCCUUCUGGUGGCAAGAUUCAUGGAAAGAAAAUCGGUGGGGUCAUUACUGGUGUAUUAUUAUUGUCGAUUUUAUGGGUCUCAUAAAUAUUAUAAAUGGGCAGAGUGCCGGAAGAUGAAAAACAGGAAAUGUGUACUUGGACAUAGGUUUUUCACAGGAUAUAGGCAGAAUGAACUCUUUGCCCGUUUAGCUCCUUGCCUCUCUGAAGAAUCCAAAACUAAAUGGUUGGAGGUUUCUAGGUCUUUUUUUGAGGGAAAGACAACAGUAGAGGAGUAUGUCUUCUCUCUCAAAGCCAUAGUUGGACUCCAUGCUUUAGUGGAAGCUGUAGGGAUCGGAAAGGGGAAAGAAGAUCUCACGACACUCAUCUUGGAUAACACAAAGAAUAACCAGUUAUUCAUUCAUCGGCCUGAAAUUCCUUCAGGAAAAGCAUGUUCUUCUCUUACGUGUGCUGAGAUAGUGAAGUAUCUAACAGGAGACUUUCGUCUAAGCAAAGCUCGAUCAAAUGAUCUCUUCUGGGAAGCCGUUUGGCCUCGUUUGUUAGCAAGAGGAUGGCAUUCUGAGCAGCCUCGUGGUGAUGGUUAUGCGGGCUUGAAGAAUCCUUUAGUUUUUCUUAUGCCCGGAAUAAAGAAAUUUUCCCGCAGGAAGCUUUCAAAGGGGGACCACUACUUUGAUUGUGUCAGUGAUGUUCUCGCAAAAGUUGCCGGUGAACCUGAGCUUCUUGAGCUUGAGGCCGAUGACACUACGCCUAGCAUCUCCAAGGUAGAAAAUGGGUGGGCCAUAGAAGUGAAAUCAGAGGAUGAUCAAGAUGUUUCCGACCAUGAACGCCAUUGUUACCUCAAACCUCGUAUUUCCUCGGAGAUUUCAAAUCUUUUCAAGUUCACCGUAGUUGACACCAGUUUGGCUAAUGAAGAUAACUCAUUUAAGGUGAUCGAACUGAGGAGUUUACCUGUUGAGGCGAAAAGAUGUUCUUUUAGAAAAACCGAUGCGCGAUUGGAGGUAAAUUCUGAUACUAUGAGGAAUGGUUUUCAUAGCUCAACAAUUUUGACUCAAUCCGAAGAGUUAACAAGUAGUAAUGCCAAUCUACCGAAAGACCACAAAUCAAGAACCAUAAAACAUCAAUUCAGUCGUCGUAUAAAAUCUGGGCUAGCGAGCUGCUCGGGUCAAGCUACAAAAAGACGGAGGAUAUCUUCGUCUGUUGACGGGGAGUUGACCUUUGUCUUGAGCUUACCAGCAAGAAUUAACAAGCUUAAGAUUAAGAGUAAGAACGGUGCUGCUGCUUCUAAAGCUGUGAAUGAAAAAAACUAUGUUUCUUCUAAGGUCGGUGAGUCUGAUGUGAAAGUAAUAGCUGUGAAAUCUUUUGAAGGCGAUGCUCCUGUCGAGAAGACUUUAUCGUGCGAAUGUGUUACUCUUGUUAGUUCUGAUGUUUUUCGGGAAAAAGAAAAUCUACCCGAUAAACCAAAAAUUGAUUUAAACUUGCCUCAGGUUUCUUCUGAACCCGAGAGUGAUGGCAAUGCAAAGCUAGAAGAAAGAGAAAAUUGUGCCUUCCAACAACCUGAUGGCGAUAAGGCAGAGCCUUCGGUUGCUCCCAACUUGAGCACUUCUGAAACUAAUGAGCCAAAAGUGAGUUCCAAUGUUGUGGGGCCCACCUCCCAGGGUGGAGAUACGUCAGAUCAGCCGCCAAGAAGACAAAGUACCAGAAGUCGACCACUUACUACCAAAGCACUUGAAGCUCUUGAAAUCGGGUUCCUAAACCCUGUAAGGCACAGUCGAAAACGCUGCCCAUCUACAUCACAAGAUCAAAAGCCAAAGCGUUCUCGUCAGCCACGCGGCAAAACCACCAUGGUCCCACCAGUUGCGGAAUCCAAGAUUGCGGAUCCUCUAGGCUUUGCUAUCCCUCCUGAGAAGGCAGCUAUGACUCGUGAAUCGCUACAACUUCCGGAAACUUCCUUUCCUUCAGCAUCAUCAUCAAAGAUGUUUACAUAGUCAAACACUGUCAAUCGAAGAGUUUAAAGUAUGAUUUUAGACUGAAAGUCGUCAUGCUCGAGAAUGCCAUAAUUCAUAGCUACUCAGUCAUGACUCGUGAACAUUGCUGAUACUGUAUAUACGGCAUACAAACGAAACUUGUAGGUUGAUUUUAGAAGAGUCGGUUGUGAGUUUGCGGAUAAGCGAAGCGCCAGCAACGCUGAAAGCGAAGCUGGAAUAUUUAACACUCAACAACACACUGUUUCAUAGCAGCAAUUUACUGAGCUGAAGCCAAGAAUGUGUUUGUUAAUACCUGCUGAUUUAUAAUUCACUAAAUUUCAGUGAAAUUUUCCUUAAAGUUUUUCUAUAACUAUUCAUUUCUUUUGAUAUUGUUGGAUUCUACUACAUUAUGGCUCGAUGAUUCGUGUUGCUGCUUUCGUUCU